UAAGAAAAGCCGCCAGCACCACCUUCUCCAUUGGCUUUAUAUAGAAGCCAUCUAUAACGUCUUGAACUUCCCCCUUUUCCUUUUCUCUCUCAUUCACUCUAUUCUUUUUACUUCAGAAUCACACAUUUCUUCAGAACACAUAGAGCUUCAUUCUUCACUGCUUUUACAUUUCAAUGGGUUUCUAUGCUGAGGACUCAUCAUCUGCAUAUGGUUGGACAAUAGGUCAAGCCAUAUAUGAAGCAGCUCUAAUCAUUGCAGUUCUGAGAUGGGUCUUGUGCUUGGUUUUCAGGCUCAUCAAAGAUAGAGGAACAACACCUUCUUCUUCUUCUUCUUCUUCUUCUUCUUCUUCUUCUUCUUCUUCUUCUUCUUCUUCUUGUACUCUUGUGUUGACCACGUUUCGUGAGAUAAUGGAGAGGCUUCCAGAGACAGAAGAAGAUACAUCUUGUGCAGUGUGCUUGAUCCAGAUGAAGAUGGAAGAUGAGGUUAGGGAACUAAUGAACUGCUACCAUGUCUUCCACAGAGAAUGCAUCGACAAAUGGUUGGACAAUGAUGACAACAACCAUAACCCUACUUGCCCUCUUUGUAGAGCACCUUUGCUCACUCUUAAUCAUUGCAGUUAUUCUUCAUCAGAGAGCUCUUUUGGUUGUGUCCCACCAUCUCCUCAACCUAGUUGGGCUGUGGAGAGACUUCUCUACCUCUUCGGAGAUGAUCUUCUUCCUUGCUAGCUAUAUAUGUAAUAAGAAUUGUGAAGAGGUGAUUAAUGUAGAUCUAUUAGUUAGUUAGUUAGAGGAAUUCAUUAUUUAUUGCGUUUGAUCAUCAAUGUUUGGAGCUGCAAUCAAUUAGAUGAUACGAGUACAACUAGGCACAUUAUUUAGGAUUUUAAUUUGUUUGUAUAUAGAUUUUUUUUCCCCAUAUCUGCCAAAUGAUGAUAUGAUAUAUAAUUCCAUUCUUGAAUUAAUAAUGGCCAUCUGUUUAU